AUGGCAGCUGCUCUUGACCCAGAUGAUGUACUGCGUUCAACUGAUGGUAAGGCAAAUUUUCAGCGCCUUGCAAGACUUUUAAUAAGUGGAGGCACUGCCCUAUUUAGAGAGAUUUUUGACAACAUUCAUCCUCCAAGUAAUUUUCCUUUAGUACUUAGCAAUCCUGCUAUACAGAAACAGCUCAAAGCAGCGAAAUUAACUAAGCCGCAGUGGGACUGUCUCUACCCAUACCCAGGGGGGUACGGUAAGUCAGUAGACUUUGACGUUACUCUUCUCUUUCGUCUGCUGAGAACAAUAUGCAACCUCAGUCCUCCACCCACGGGUUGGGAUGUGCUACCAACAAGCUCAGACGUCAGUUUAACCGCAGAUUUCGCGAGAAUAAAGUACUACAGAAACUCCAUUUUCGGUCACGUUAACCAGUGUAUGGAGAUCCCAGAUGGCAAGUUUCUAAUCCUUUGGCAAGAAAUUGGCGAUGCUCUUGUGAGAAUUGCUGGACAGAUUGGUCACUCGACGAAAACAGCAUGGCAAACUUCUGUGGAUAACUUCCUGAGGGAUCCCCUCACGCCAGACGAUGAUAGGAAUGCAAAAGAACUGGAGAGAUGGUAUAUGAAUGAUAUGGAUAUCAAGAAAUCCAUGGAGGCUCUCAAAGUCACAACGCUUGAGGGAAUCAACGCAACACACAAGGGAAUC